GCUUAUUAUUAUAGCCCGCUGAGAUUUAUCUCCUCUCUUUAUUUCACUAAAUAUACAAUGGAAUUUAUUUAACUUUUGCUCAGGUCUUUCUGAAUUAGCAGUGGAGAGAGAGGAUUCAGCAAGAAUUGAGGGGUAUGUGGAGGAAAUUAUUCCCCUGUAUUCAAGCAUUGACUUCAAGUCACACUUCCAUAUGAAUCGGAGCACCUUUGAGGAACUUUGCACAAAAAUGGCUCCAUUAAUGAUCAGAGAGAGGGCACUAACUGUAGAGAAAAAGCUUCUAGCAACACUGUGGAUCCUGGCAAAUCCAGAGAGUUAUAGAAGUGUUGCUGAUAGAUUUGGAGUGAGUAAAGGUACAUUACAUCUCAUAGUAAUAUCUUCUUGUCACUCUCUGACUGAGUUGAUGGAAGAAUUUAUCUAUUUUCCUACAACAAGAUCUGAGAUGGCAGCCAUUGCAGACGGCUUCAAACAGCGUUGUGGAAUGCCAGGGGUUGUCGGAGCUGUAGAUGGGACUCAUAUCCCCAUACCAGCUCCUAGGUCUGUUCAUCGGGCAUCAUUUAUAAACAGAAAAGGCCACUCAAGUAUGAUUCUACAGCUUGUAUGUGACAGUAAGUUGAGGUUUUUAGAUGUAUAUACAGGGUGACCUGGGUCAGUUCAUGAUGCCAGAGUAUUCAGAAAUAGCCCUAUAGCCUCCAGGAUUGAAGACUUACCAGACGAAUUUCAUCUUCUUGGUGAUUCAGCAUACCCUAUCAGCAAGGGUAUGAUGGUUCCAUUUCGGGAUAAUGGCCACCUAGACAAUGUUCAGAAGAAAUUCAAUUCAUGUCAUUCUUCUACAAGAGUAGAUGUGGAAAGAGCUAUAGGGCUUUUGAAGUGCAAAUUCAGACGACUGAAACAUCUCGAGAUGCAUCUUGAACAAGAAAUUCCAACAGUGAUUGUAAGUUGUUGUAUUUUACAUAACUUCAUUUUGAAGUUUGAGACUGUUGACUUUGAUGAUUUACUUUCUUCCGACAAUGAUACAGCAACAGACGUUCAGUUAGAUGGAGGACAACAGCAGGGAAGUAUAGCUGGAGAGGAUAAGAGAAUGGCCAUAGCCUUAUCACUGUAGUUUGCUUCUAGUAUAAUGGUACUUGUGUAUAUGCCUAAUGACAAAAUUGUUACUACCACGCAAAUCUUACAGGACAUUUAUUUGAUUAGCAUGUGACAAAAUACUGAAACAGUUUUCUUCAGAAUAAAAUUAGUGUUCUAGAUACUCUAGUCAGAAUGUUAAUUUACCACUGGUAUUUUUUGAGUACCGGCAUCAUGACUUUGUUUCAUUUGUACUUUUUACCUGCUGAUAAAGUGGGGUAUGGUGGGUAAUUUAGCGAUGACAGUUAAACUUCUAGUUUAAGAAUGAAAAUAGAAAUGAUCAAUGUGAUACUUUAUUUAUGAGAUUGUUUGUACUUUUGUUUAUUAUUUCCUAUAAUUUGAGUAAUAGAUUUUGAACUACAAGUUUGUACUGUUGUUUUCAUUUUUUUGUUGAUGGUCAUUCUGUCCAACUAACCUAACAAUUUUCCAAUGUGUUAUUAAAUAACAACACAAGUCUAAAUGAAUAUC